UUGCCACGGCGACGCGUCAGGCCGCGGCGGAAGCCAGGCCGCGUUGCCAUGGCGACGUGGCCACGGCCGGCGAGGCGCCGUUAGGCCGCGGCGGGAGCUAGGCCGCGUUGCCGCGGCGGAGGCCGGGGCCGGUUCGGGCCCGGUGCGAGGAGCUCGGGGCCGGGGCCGCCGGUGGGGGCCCGGCCAUGGAGGCCGCCCCGGAGCCCGAGGCCCUCGUGCAGUGCCCCUACGACAGGAGCCACCGGGUGCGGGCGGCGCGGCUGCCCUACCACCUCGUCAAGUGCCAGCGGAACAACCCGCAGGUCGCCCGCCACCUGGCCACCUGCCCCUUCAACGCCCGCCACAGGGUGCCGCGCGCCGAGCUGCGGAGCCACCUCGCCUCCUGCCCCGACCGCCGCCAGAUCGACGUCCCCCCAGAGGCGGCCGCGGCCGAGACAAAAAGCCCCGAGGCCCCCGCGGCGUGGCAGAGCCCCCCGUGCCGGGAGGACUGGGAGGCAGAGCUGGACGGGCUGGAAGACGCCCCCCCGUUUAUCCUCACCGUCACGACGGGCGAGCUGCUCCUCCCGAGCGACAGGUGUGCCCCAGCAGCACCCCAGAGCCGGAACCGAGGCACGGUGCCCCCCCCCCCCCCGCCCCGGCGCGGAGCUGGACUUCGAGGGACCGAGGAGGGCGGCGGGGGGGCCGGGGCAGCUUUCGUCGGCCGCCCCCCGGGAGCGGGGGCACCGCAGGGCGGGGGGGGGGCAGUGCCCGCUGGGGAAAAAGUGAUAGCGACGGGUUGGAAAUGCACGUUUCAAGUAACGCCGCCUGCGAUGUGUCCCCAGGCCCCCACUGCCCCCCCCCCGGCCCGUCCCCGAGGUCCCCUCCCCUUAACUCAUCCUCGGGCGGCGACAGCGCAGAAGAGGACGGCCGAAACCGCCCCCCGUGACCCAAAACGGCUCAAGCGCAACGACGGCGAAGCAGACACGUGUCCGGCGUCGGAUCAGCGCCGGUUUCCUUCCGCGCGCGCGGGGAGCGCUCCCAGAGCUCCUCGGCCACCGCUGCUGCUGGCAGGGCCGUCGCGGCGUCGGAUUUUCCCUUCGCCUGGGCCGCGGCCAACGAGGGCACGAGGAGUUCUCCUCCACGCAGCGAGAAAACACCACGAGCGCAGCGAGCGCCCGGAGCGACGGAGGCAGCGUCCUGGCACGGCUCCCUGCAGUCCCCGCACCAAGGGGGCGUCCGCGGAGCCCCCUGCCCGGUGGGCGCCGGUGACCACGAGGGGAGACACACGAAUUUAAGUCCCCGCAGCUCCGCGCCGUCUGCACGAUACCCAUUAAAAAUUCCCCUCGCCUUAA